AUGCAGGAGAUGAACUUCCUUGACUCUUCCUUCUUCGCCAAAGACCCCAGUAGAGACCUCCCGACACCAGCACAAGUGAGAGCUCUGGCAACAGGUAAACGCAGAGGGGUUCGGCCUCUGGGUGUCAUCUUCGACGAAUCCAAAAUCUUCGUCAAGUAUGGCCGUGAGGCCACGAUCCGAGAAGCGCAAUGUCUUUGGUUCAUCAAGCGGACUUUCGGCGACGAGGUUCCAGUUCCCGAAGUCUAUGGCUGGCGAGUCGACGGUGGAGAAGUCUUUAUCUACAUGGAGCAUAUCCAGGGACAAACGCUUCACAACGCAUGGAAUGAGUUUGAUGGCGAGGACAAGUCCUCUCUUCGCAGUGAUUUGUGUCGCAUAAUCACACGUCUACGCCAACUUGAACAAAACCCCUCCGAUCAAUUCAUUGGCUCGCUAAGCCGCCAGCAUCCUCCGGACAAUACGUUUGAAUUUAUGCCAAAAACCAAGCCUUUUUCCACGAUCAAAGACUUCAUUGACUGGUUUUCUACUUUACCGCAGCGAUUUUUGCCUCCUUCGAUGAAAUUCAUCGACCCCUACCAAUAUAUUUUACCUGAUGACGGAGUGAUCAAAUUCACUCAUGCCGACCUUCACCGUGAAAAUAUCCUGGUCUCCAUUACCAAGCCGACUCGAGUCCUUGCACUCGUGGAUUGGGAACAAUCGGGGUGGUAUCCGGACUACUGGGAGUACAGCAAAGCCCUUUACACCUGUUGGUACGAGGACGAGUGGAGACGCGACUUCAUUGACCACUUUCUAAGUCCACGACUCAACGAACAACAGGUGUUUAGCGAGUAUGCCACGCAGUUAGGUGCGUUUUGA